GAUGUGCGGUGGGUGAAGGGGGCCGGGGGCCUGGACGGCGCUGCUGGCUGCUGGCGGCCCGCGGGGAGCAGCGGGACAGGCUGCGGGCGCGGAGCGACGCGCAGGAACCUCCGGCCCCGCGCCGUGAAACUCCUCGCCCGCCCGCCUGGCUUUUUUAUUUUUUUUGUGUCCGCGGCGGGCGGAGCCGCGGGCGGCGCAGGGCGUCCCGCUCCGGCCGGUAACUUCCCGCAGCCCGCGCGGUUCUGACGGCGGGGCCGCCGCCUGCGCCCGCCAUGGGGAGCGGCGCCGGGGGCCGGGGGAGCGCGGCGGCGGGAGCCGGCGCCACCUGCCCCGCGCUCCGCUGCUGAGCCGGCAGCGCCGCGGAGGAGCCGCCCGCCUGGGGAGCAGCCAGCCCGGCAGCGGGCACCGCGCCCGCCGCGGCCCCGGGCCUGCCCUCCGCGCUCCCCUCUCCCGCCUCGGCCUUCGCCUCUGCCCCCCGGGCCGGGCGCUGUGCGGAGCGGAGCGGCCCCCGCCGGGCCCCCGGCGCGCGGAAAGUUUCGGGGCGCGUCCCCGCCCCGCCACGGGGCAGCGCGGCUGCCGAGCGGGAGCCGUGCGGCUCUGCUCCCUGCAGGCAUCGGCCCCCGCCAGCGCUUCCCGGGAGUUACGGACCUGCAGGGGCAGAGCAAUAGAAUGACCUCUCCUGUGGACCCCAGGAUCAAACAGGCUUUGCGGAAGAAGCCAUCGGAGCGGAGCCCGGAGGACUUAAAUACUAUCUAUUCUUUCCUUCAUGGCCUGGACAUACUCUCCCAUUUCAGGGAACAUCAGCUAAGAAUAAUGUCAUCGAGUGCCCGCUAUGAGAGAUACAAGGGCAACCAAGUUCUCUUUUGCUCGGAAACAAUUGCAAGAUGCUGGUAUAUACUGCUUUCUGGAUCUGUGCUCAUGAAGGAUUCCAUGUUUUUACCACCUUGCAGUUUUGGCAAGCAGUCUGGAGGGAAACGAGGAUGCGAAUGUAUCAUACUGGAGCCUUCAGAAAUGAUUGUGGUGGAGAACUCCAAGGACAAUGAGGAAAACAUCUUGCAAAGAGAAGUCCCGCUUAGGCAGUCCCGUCGGCGGUUUCGGAAGAUCAACCAGCGGGGCGAGCGUCAGACCAUCACUGAUAAUGUGGACGCCAGCAGUUACCUGUCGCUUCCAGCUGAUCUUACCAAGAUGCAUCUCACAGACAGUCCUCAUCCUCAGGUGGCUCAUGUCCCCUCCAGCCAGUCGGGAUGCAGCAUUGCCAGUGAUUCUGGGAGCAGCAGCCUGUCUGAUAUUUAUCAGGCUACAGAAAGUGAGAUGGGAGAUGUUGAUUUAACAGGUCUUCCAGAAGCACCUGUGGACUCUGAAGAUGAAGAAGAGGAGGAGGAUGAAGAUAUUGACAGAACUUCAGAUCCGCUCCUAGGGCGAGAUGUUGUACGAGAGUGCCUUGAGAAAGAGCCUGCAGAUAAAACUGAUGAUGAUAUUGAGCAAUUAUUGGAAAUUAUGCAUCAACUCCCUGCCUUUGCAAACAUGACUAUGUCUGUGAGAAGAGAACUUUGCUCAGUGAUGAUAUUUGAAGUAGUAGAGCAAGCAGGAGCCAUCAUACUAGAAGACGGCCAAGAGCUGGAUUCUUGGUAUGUUAUUUUAAAUGGCACAGUGGAAAUCAGCUAUCCUGAUGGGAAGAGUGAGAGUCUGUGCAUGGGAAAUAGUUUUGGGAUUACUCCUUCUCUGGACAAACAGUACAUGAAUGGAGUGGUCAGAACCAAAGUAGAUGAUUGUCAGUUUGUGUGUAUAGCCCAGCAAGACUACUGGAGGAUUCUGAACCACGUGGAAAAAAACACUCAUAAAGUGGAGGAAGAAGGAGAAAUUGUUAUGAUAAAGGAGCACAGAGAGCUGGAUCGCAGUGGGACCAGGAAAGGACACAUAGUUAUCAAGGCAACACCCGAGCGACUCAUCAUGCACUUAAUAGAAGAACAUUCUAUUGUGGAUCCAACCUACAUCGAAGAUUUCCUCUUGACAUACAGAACAUUUCUAACAAGCCCCCUGGAAGUUGGAAAUAAACUCUUGGAAUGGUUCACAGUGGACAGCCUCAGGGAUAAGGUUACCAGAGUGGUCUUACUGUGGGUGAACAAUCACUUUAAUGAUUUUGAAGGGGAUCCUGCUAUGACCCGAUUUCUGGAAGAAUUUGAAAAGAACUUGGAAGAUACGAAAAUGAAAGGACAUCUCAGACUGCUGAACAUUGCCUGUGCUGCCAAAGCAAAAUGGAGACAAAUCACCCUGCAAAAACCUUCUAGAGAUUCGCCGCUGUUCUUCAGCCUCCUUGGAGGAAGUGACAAGGGUUUUGGUAUUUUUGUAGAGACUGUGGAAAUGGGCAGUAAAGCAGCAGAAGCUGGUCUCAAGCGUGGGGAUCAGAUAAUGGAAGUAAAUGGACAGAAUUUUGAGAACAUUACAUUUGUAAAAGCUCUGGAAAUCUUAAGGAACAACACUCACCUCUCCAUCACUGUAAAAACAAACAUUUUUGUGUUUAAGGAGCUGCUCUGCAGGAUAGGCCAAGAGAAGAAUGGAAUUCCACAUAUUCCAAAAAUUGCAGAAAAGAAAAACAACCGUUAUUCCAUCCCAGAUAUGCCUGGAGAUGUGGAACAGAUGUUUCCUCGUGAAAAAGGAAACAAGAAAAUGAAAGCAAACACUGUAUCUGGUGGGAGAAACAGAAUCAGGAAGAUUUUAGACAAGACUCGCUUCAGCAUCUUGCCUCCAAAACUGUUCAGCGAUGGCAGCGUGAGCCAGUCGCAGGACGACAGCAUCGUGGGCACUCGGCAGUGCAGACACAGCCUGGCCAUCAUGCCUAUCCCAGGAACACUCUCGUCCAGCAGCCCUGACCUGUUGCAGCCCACAACUAGCAUUCUGGAUUUCUCUAAUCCUUCAGCUGUUGGGUUUUACUAUAUUCCGGACCAAGUAAUACGAGUUUUCAAAGCAGAUCAGCAAAGCUGCUACAUUAUCAUCAGCAAAGACACCACAGCCAAGGAGGUGGUCAGCCACGCCGUCCACGAGUUCAACCUGACGGGCGCCCCGGAGACCUACUCGCUGUGCGAGGUGUCCGUCAGCCCCGAGGGCGUCAUCAAGCAGCGCCGCCUGCCCGACCAGUUCUCCAAACUGGCUGACAGGAUCCAGCUCAACGGAAGGUAUUAUCUAAAAAACAAUAUGGAGACGGAGACCUUAUGCUCGGAUGAGGAUGCUCAGGAGCUACUGAGAGAGAGCCAAAUUUCCCUCCUCCAGCUGAGCACCAUUGAGGUGGCCACUCAGCUUUCCAUGAGAGACUUUGAAUUAUUUCGCAAUAUUGAGCCUACAGAAUACAUUGAUGACCUUUACAAGCUGGACUCCAAAACAGGCAAUGCUCACCUGAAACAGUUUGAGGAUGUCAUCAAUCAAGAGACCUUCUGGGUUGCCAUGGAAAUUUUAGCAGAGCCCAACCAACUCAAAAGAAUGAAGAUUAUUAAGCAUUUCAUUAAAAUUGCUCUCCACUGUCGAGAAUGCAAGAACUUCAAUUCCAUGUUCGCGGUGAUAAGUGGGUUAAAUCUAGCACCAGUAGCACGGCUCAGAGGCACCUGGGAAAAGUUACCCAGCAAGUAUGAAAAGCACCUCCGAGAUCUUCAGGAUCUUUUUGAUCCCUCUCGGAACAUGGCAAAAUACCGCAACAUCCUCAGCAGCCAGAGCAUGCAGCCUCCAAUUAUUCCACUCUUCCCUGUUGUCAAGAAGGACAUCACGUUUCUGCAUGAAGGAAAUGAUUCCAAAGUGGAUGGCCUGGUCAAUUUUGAGAAGCUCAGAAUGAUUGCCAAAGAAAUCCGCCAAGUUAUCCGAAUGACCUCAGCAAACAUGGAUCCAGCUGUCAUGUUCAGACAAAGGAAGAAGAGGUGGAGAAGUUUGGGAUCUCUGAGCCAGGGCAGCACAAACUCGAACAUGCUAGAUGUACAGGGAGGUGCCCACAAAAAACGUGCCCGACGCAGCUCCCUUCUGAAUGCCAAGAAGCUGUAUGAGGAUGCCCAGAUGGCAAGGAAGGUGAAGCAGUACUUGUCCAACCUCAACGUAGAGACAGACGAAGAAAAGAUCCAAAUCCUGUCACUUCAGUGUGAGCCUGCAUACAGCACUCUGACAAAGAAUUUAAGUGAGAGAAGAGGAGCAAAAUCCUCAGAAAUGUCUCCAGUACCCAUGAGAUCGAUCGGCCAAACCACUAAAGCCCAUCAGCAUCAACAAAACAGGAUGAGUCAAGUUCUUCAGGUUCCCACUGUGAAUUUAUACCCCAGUAGGAAAAAAGGAAUGACAAAGGAUCACGUCACGUUCAGCACAGGCUCCCCACAGAAGUCAUUAAGUUUGUCUGAGGAAGUAAGUAGUAAGAAGCAAACAGAUGACACCAUGUCCAUGGCAUCUUCUUUGCACUCCAGCCCACCUGCUUCUCCUCAGGGCUCUCCACGCAAAGUUGAUAACAUCCAGAGGUCGGAUAACUGCGGUCAGAUGAACCUCUCUGGCUCCUCCUCAUCACUUGCCAGUGAAACCAGCAACAAGAACAGUGGGCAACGCAGCUAUGGAAUAGGCUACGCCCUCAUCCCUUCCACAAAAUCUGACAACUUCUCAGACUCCAGUCACAGUGAGAUUUCAUCCCGAUCCAGCAUCGUGAGCAACUGCUCCGUGGACUCGAUGUCAGCAGCACUGCAGGACGAGAGGAGUUUGUCCCAGUCCCUCAUUGUGGUGGAUUCUGGGGGAGCAGAGAGAAAAGAACAUCCUCAGCCACUGGCUGAUUAUGGCCAGCCAUGCCCAGGCUGGUCAAUCACCAGGCCUGCUCUCAUCAGAGGGAUGGCUUUCACAUCCUCCAUGAGCAACGAGGAGAUCUCCCACGAGCAUAUCACAGUAGAGGCAGCAGACAGUGGCCGGGGAAGCUGGACUUCAUGCUCAAGUAGUUCUCACGACAACUUCCAGAAUAUCCCAAACCAGAAGAGCUGGGAUCUCCUCAAUUCUUACCGUCACACCCAGCUGGAUGGGCCGAUAGCUGAAGUCGAUCCCACAAACUGUUACUCUGAGGAGGCUUAUUUGUAUUCCGAAGCCUUUUCCAAGCCCAACAGGCAGUCGAAGGGCAGCGUGGAGCUCGAUCAGUCUCGGCAGAGCUGGGCCUCCUCCAGCUCACUCUCAGACACCUACGAAACAAACUAUGGGACAAUAAAACGGAAGGGGCUGGAGAACUCUACAGCAGAGCAGACGGAGGUUUUGGACUCUAAACCGGGCGCUGAUACAACUUACAAAACUGUGACUUCGAGUACAGAAAAAGGCCUGAUAGUGUACUGUGUCACCUCACCUAAGAAGGACGAUAGGUAUAGGGAGCCACCGCCCACCCCUCCGGGAUAUAUGGGGAUUUCUUUAGCGGACAUAAAGGAAGGAUCGCCCCACCACCCACACCUAAAACCUCCAGACUAUAGUGUGGCAGUGCAGAGGUCAAAGAUGCUGCACAGUGACCUCUCUAGACUUUCAUCAGCUCCUCUCGGUAGUGACCCGGUGGCCUGUAUUGCAGCGAAGAUGCCUCAGUGGCAUAGUCGGCAGCCGUCCAGCCCCCAGCUAGCAGAUCUGCCUGGCGCAGAUAGUGAAGAGGAUGAAGAUGAACAAGUAUCAGCAGUUUAAGCGUUGGGCUGUCUCUGUAAACCACAACACAAAGGAUGUGGGGAGAAGGACCACACUGCCUGUUAGCGAACGCUAACAUCUUGCUGCUACUAACCUCAGAUUUUGCUUUUGCCUCUGUCACGGACCAGAUGGAGCGGGUUGGAUCUCAUCUCUCUCCCUCACUUCACUCUGCCACCACCUAGGAAAGCUAUUUCUGCCUGUGAAAGAGAGAACCAUUUUCCAGGAGCGUCCUGACUACCCGGAUACCAACCUGGGGGUCUGGAGAUGGACCAGGCUUCAUGCAUUUAGGAGGAGCAGUUGUCACCACCACUCAGACCUUGGAAGCAUUCUUCUGUAUGAUACCACAUAAUCCUUUGGUAGUUUUCCAUCGUCGUUCUUUUCUACAUGACCAUUACAAGGCUAAGAGUGUUAUUUUAUGAACUUCAAAAAAAAAAAAAGAAAUAUAUCAAAAUAUCAGCAAAAGCAAAGGACAUUGCUGAAGUAUCUGAAAAUAAUUUAUUAAUUUAAUUUUUUUAAAAUGGGAAUUUCCUUUAUUUGUGUUGGCAGUGCUCUGGUUGGCUAAUAGAAAUGCUUAGUCAAAUGUGAUAGUUAAAUAGCUACACAAACUGCUGUGCUCUCAAAACAUGCACAAAACUAGAAAUGGGACAUUGUCAGGUGCAAAAAUACAUGGACUUUAGGGUGGCUUUUGGUUAAAUAUAAAUUGAGCACAAAGCCCCACUUCCCUUCUACACAGACACAGCAAAAGCCCUUUGCCCUUGAAGUAUUUCUGGAAAUUUUUUAGCUGCCAGCCAGCUAAGGCAAUAGUCGGGACUCUCCUUCCCUGUGAAGUCAGUAUUUGGAAUGGGGAAGCUGGAGCUCACGGGGAGCCCUUGGAGGAGUCUACAGCUUUCCCCAGAGAGCUCUAAGCAGGUUUUGCCCUGCAGAGUUCAGCAUGCAAAGUCUGUUGCUGGAAACCAAAACUAAAGCCUUGUGUUGUGGGAUUUCUGAUCAUCCCACACAUUCUGGCCUUUUACCAGACUUGCACAGGAUUUAGGUGCAAGGUUAUCUUUAAAAAUAAAACAGAAUAAUUAUAAAUCACCUUCAUUUCACAGUAAAAUCUGUGAAGCUGAAUAUGAGAUGCUCUAAUGCUUGUAUAAGAGCGUAAUGCAUUUUAUGAUGGGUUAAAAAACCCUGUUGAGUUCAUCCAGAAAAUAGAAGAAAAGUUUUGGUUUAAAUCCUAAGUAAAACUGGUGUUGAUGUCAAUGACAGUGUUGACUUGCAGCCAGCCAGUAUUAACAUGUGACCCUCUAGUUUGACUAUGGUCAAAUAAAUUGCUUGUUUGAUUUUGCUUAGCCAGCCAGAGCCCGGAGGGGUAGAACUGGAAAUACCUGCAGUUUCUUUCUUUCUUCUAGCACAUGAUGCCCCCAUUCUAGUGUUAAAAUUGGACAUGAAUGUGUGAAUAUGUAUUUAAACAUUUAAUUGUAAAUCUUUGUUGUGAUGUUUACAGCCUAAGCUAGAAAGAAGAUGUUUGUCCUUUUUACAGUGCCUCAGAAAUUAUUUCUAUAUCCAUAGUUGUCACGAGCUUUAAGGGUUUGUCGUUUUGUUGUGGUUUGGUUUGGUUUCCUGUAAGCGUGCAGGGGGUGCAAGGUGAAUGCAGCAUUUUCUGAAAAACGACACAAGUACCAAAAACAAGCCAAAGCCUUUGGAUGUGCUUUCCCCAUAGCAGCUUGGGACUGAUGCUGCCGGGUGAAUGUGUGACCCGUGGCCCCCGCGCGGCGCCAGGGUCGGUGUUCCCGGCUGGCUGGGACGUGCCCAUCUGGAUUGGAAUUGGGAAGACAAACGAGCAGCCCUGCUGAGGAAGGGAUGCCUAGUUCCUAGCUAAUUGGUUGGCUGUGUGAAUUGUUUGGCACAAGGAGGAGCAAAUAGCUGAGAAAAAUCUAUUUAAGAGGGGUAUGAUAAUAAAUGCUUUUUGCUUUUUCGAGGCCUUAAUGAAUAUAAUGAACCUGCACAGGCCUUAAUGACUAAAGAUUAUUGUAAGUGUCAAAGCAAUGCAGGGCAGAGCGAUUAUUUUCAGCACAUGUAACAUUGAUAAUAUAACUGUUAAACUGGUAUUUUUGUGGGAUGUCAAUCCAAGUCCUAGCAUCCCACCAUCAACUGUAGUUGCUUGUUACCUUCUCCAUGGAGUUUUGUCAGAAAAUCAUCUGUGUUGUGCCAGGUCAAUCCAGUCAAACGGUUCCCAUCGCCUCGGGUGCUGAGCUGUACUCUGUUUCAGCCUGUUGAACAAAAGCCUAAGGGGUGAGGGGUUGUGACUAAAGUGACCUCCCUUUUUCCCCAAAAACCUGAUCGUGCUGUCUUUGAGGAUACAGUAAAGCUCCUCUGGGGAGGGAGUCGGGGUCUCCUCUGGCAGCCAGGAAGAGCAGUUGAAUAAAAUCCCCCAUCGAAACAUGGUGUUUGCACAUCAACAGCAUCCGUCUGUUCUGCAGGGCUUCCCAGGCACUGACAAGUUUUUAAAGUGAGUGGAAGUCUUGCUAAUCAUAUUUUCCUAAUAGCCAAUACAGCUGUUGUAAAUAAAUCAUGCAUAAACUAUGGACAAAUGAGCUACUACUUCUGCUUCUCCUGCCUCGCACAGUGUGGCUUCUCUGCUGGUCCUUGCUGGGAUUUUUGUUUGUUUAUUUUUAAGUCAACCGAUCACAUUGAUCGGGGCCAAUAGCCAAAUGUAGUGUGUCUGGUAUGGAUUUGAAGAGACAUUAUCCCUUUUUUCAGUAAUCCACAUGGAAAUAAGAUGGUGGUUAGUACCUGUUGUACGCUUCUCUGUUGAAGUGGUGUCCUCUGGAUCGCUGAUUCCUGACCUGGUACCUCCACUGGGUUCCUGGUGCUCAGGGUCUGAUUUUGAUGAACAGUUAAAAUCCCUCAUGUCAUGUUCUUCCACUGCCAUACCUCAGUUUGCUCACUCUCUGCUGUUGGUUUGUUCUUGACUUGCAGAUGAAAGUUGUGUUCUAGCUAUUUGUGAUUUCACCGUACAGUAUUUCUUCAUGCUUUGUAAAUCUUAAACUUCCAAGUAAUUCCCAAAAAAGCUGUGCAGCUUUUAAUGGGCCUCUCCUGUUGCAGAAAGGGGAGAGUGAGAUGACUGAGCCUCUGAGUGCUGGUUUCAUCUACCUGAUGCACAAAGCAGCGGGCAGGCAGUGUCUGCAGGCAUCUGCAGGGCAUUUUGUGCAGUUUGUCCUUGCAGGAGCAAGUGGAUGUUUGCUAACAACAGGCAAAGUGCUGCUUUCCUGCCUCAUUUGCUUUGCCUCCGCUCUCAGGAGUUUCAGAGGUGAGUGAAGCUUCAGUGGGAGAUGAUCAGAGCCCAUUGCUGAGGCUGGGAUGCACAGUGCACUGGGGCUGCCUGCACCCUGCCUGUACCUGCCAGAGUCCACUCCCCAAGGGCUGAACCUGUCUGUGAUGCCACUCACAGAAGAAACCCGUGUGGCAUCAGUGGUGGUGCAAAACCUCUUUCAUUAUCUCCCAAGUCGUUUCUUCCCAGGCAACAGUGGAAAUAUGAACCUGCCAUUUAAGUUUUAUAUAAAACAUUAGAAUUAAAUUUUUUUUAAGGAUAAACUUACUGCUGCCUUCGCAAAAACAAAAGAAGAAAGGGAUAGUCUCUCUUUAGAAAAGCUUUACACAUUAUAUUUUAGAACGCUUGUAUAGAGGGUAAUUACCUUGAAUUCCCAACCCAGCUUUUGCUUAUGUGAGCUUUUCAUUGUUUUAUCUUUAUUUUUGAUAUACCUGGAAUGCAGUUUAGCUUGGUAUUAAUUAAAUUCUACAUAUGUGAGCAUAUUGGCAAAACUGCACAGAUGUAAUGAUAUUCCAAUAGCAAUUGUACUGCACAAGUCAGUGAUUGUAAAGUAUUCUGUAACAAGCAAUGUUUGUCUCCUAUUUUUUGAUACCUCUUACACUUAUGUCUUUUAGAAAGACAGUGCCUCUGUAUGCUUUUUGUAUUUUUACUGAGUGAUUGUAAAUAUUUGUUAUAUUUUUGGUUAAGAGAAUGUUUAAAAGUACUGUUUAUUAUCCAAUCUAUUAAUAUGUUGGAAUCAAUAAACAAUCUACAUAUA